GACGGCAAGUUCCAUCAACUUCCUUCGGGAGAGUUGCUCAUCCACAACCUGGAGUUCAGCGAUCAGUUCCCCACGUACCGCUGCAGAACGAUGCACAGACUCAGCAGGCAGGUCGUACUCAGCAGUGCUGCCAAUGUCAGGCUAACAGAGCACCGAGGGAUAGUGGCGCCGGUCAUCGUUGAAAAUUCAGGAGCCGUAACGGUCGCCCAAGACGAGGGGGCCGCAUUAAUAUGCAUAGCGCAAGGGUGUCCAGCACCCGAAUAUAGGUGGUAUAAUCAUGCCGGCCUAGAGCCCAAUUUGAUAACACCAGGACCGAGGGUCCGUCAAUUGGGACCUGUUCUAGCUGUUGAAGCAGUUACUCCUGAUGAUGGCGGCGUUUACCGGUGUUCAGCUUCGAACGCAGGAGGCGAAUCCAGCGUCGAAUUGAGGUUAAUAGUGUCCUCCAUGUUACACGUCGAAAUAUCCCCUCCAUUGAUGAGCGUUCAUAUGGGAGGAAGUGCCGAAUUCAGGUGCGUAGUGAAUUCACAGAGCGGCGGACCCCAUCUAGUGACCUGGUACAAAGAUGGUAGGCAACUUCCGAGCACCGGAAGAGGAUCCAGCGAAACAUUGGUGGUCAACAAUGUCGGUAGGGAAGACAGGGGCAUGUAUCAGUGCGUAGUGAGGAGAGCUGAGGGAGAUACCGCUCAAGCUGCUGCAGAACUACAACUUGGAGAUGCCCCUCCCAUUCUCCUCUAUAGCUUCAUAGAACAAACUCUACAACCAGGACCAGCUGUUUCACUGAAAUGCAGUGCGUCUGGAAAUCCGACACCUCAGAUUUCUUGGACACUAGAUGGAUUUCCGCUACCAAGUCAUGGAAGGUUUGUUAUUGGUCAAUAUGUCACUGUCCAUGGUGACGUCAUAAGUCACGUGAACAUCAGUCAUGUUAUGGUGGAAGAUGGUGGAGAAUACACGUGUAAUGCAGAGAACAGAGCUGGAAGGAGUACACAUUCGGCAAGGCUCAACAUUUAUGGUAUGCCCUACAUCCGCCUCAUUCCCAAAGUGACGGCAGUGGCGGGGGAGAACCUGCAACUCAAGUGCCCCGUGGCCGGCUACCCCAUCGACGAGAUCCACUGGGAGCGGGGCGGCAGGGAGCUGCCGGACGACCUGCGUCAGAAAGUGUUGGGAGACGGCACGCUGGUGAUCAGCCCCGUGGAGAAGAAGGCCGAUUCGGGGGUGUACACCUGCUGGGCCAGGAACAAGCAGGGGCAUAGCGCGAGGCGAAGCGGGGAGGUGAACGUCAUAGUUCCUCCAAAAGUUAGCCCUUUCUACGCAGAGGACACCCUGCACGUAGGCGACCGCGCAAGCCUGACUUGCUCGGUGACCAAGGGCGACCAGCCCUUGACCAUAUCCUGGCACAAGGACGGCAGGACGGUAGAGUCCGCGCAGAUGCUGUCCAUCACGCAAGUGGACCAAUUCACCAGCAUCCUGGUCAUAGAAAGCCUCUCGCCGGAGCACAACGGCAACUACUCGUGCGUGGUCAGGAACAUGGCCGCCGAGGUGUCCCACACGCAACAGCUGAUGGUCAACGUACCACCACGCUGGUUGGUCGAGCCUAUAGACGUCAGCGUCGAGAGAAACCGUCACGUGGCGUUGCACUGUCAAGCCCAAGGUGUCCCCACACCUACUGUCACGUGGAAAAAAGCAACAGCUAGUAAGUCGGGCGACUAUGAAGAAGUUAGAGAUCAUAUGUAUACCAAGCUGUUGGGCAACGGGACUUUGCUUCUUCAGCAUGUCAAGGAGGACAGGGAGGGAUAUUAUCUAUGCCAAGCUGAGAAUGGAAUCGGUACUGGCAUCGGGAAAGUUAUUCAAUUGAGGGUGAAUUCGUCCCCAUACUUUUCGGCUCCAUCCAGCCUUGUCACUGUGAAGAAAGGGGAUACAGCCCUAUUGCACUGUGACGUCAACGGUGACAAACCAAUCAGCGUUAUCUGGCUUAGAGGCGGCAAAACCGAACUCAACCCUUCAACUAACUACAGGGUGAAUCUGCAGCAAGACGUAACACCAGAUGGAGUGGCAGCAGAACUGAAAAUCAUCAACUCGGAUGCCAAAGACAGUGGUGCCUACUUUUGUCAGGCCAGCAACAUGUACGGUAGGGACCAACAGCUGGUACAACUGCUCGUGCAAGAGCCACCAGGGUCUCCUUCGGGCUUGGAGGCAGCGAUGGUGGGCAGUCGAUCGGUGAACUUGAAGUGGCAGCACAGAAGCGGAGACGCCAACGAAGUCUUUAAAUUCAUAGUGGAGUACAAAGAAAUUGACAAACUUUUAGGCACCUGGCACGCCGUCGACCUCACCGACACCCCGCUGCCCUUCGCCGCCCUCGUGGAGGACCUCAAGCCGGCCACGAGGUACGCCUUCCGCGUCGUCGCAGAAGGACCGGCGGGCAGGAGCGCGCCCAGCGAGGAGCUGCCCGUGCGGACGGAGCCGCAGCGGCCGGCGGGCGCGCCCUUGAACCCCGCUGCGAGGGCUGUGUCCUCGAGGGAGGUGCUGGUCACGUGGUCGCCGCCCUUGGCGGAGCUCAGGCACGGGGACAUACAGGGUUUCAAUAUUGGCUACCGCACCGUCACCAUGGGCGCCUACAAUUUCACCUCGGUGAACGGAGACGGAGAAGACGGCGGAGAAAUGCUGCUCGGCGGGCUCAACAAGUACACCCGGUACACCAUCGUCGUCCAAGCCUUCAACGAAGUAGGCGCUGGACCGCUGUCGGAGCCUGUGACAGCUCAAACGAUGGAAGACGUGCCCAGCAUGCCUCCUGAAGAUGUCAGAUGUGCUGCCUUGACAUCGCAAUCUCUACAAGUCAGCUGGCAGCCGCCACCUACUGAGCACUGCAAUGGCCUCCUGCAGGGCUACAAAUUGACGUAUGAGCCAGUCCUGGAUGAGAAUUGGAAAGGCAGCGACGAGAUGGAGACGAGGAAAACUACCGCGCUGACAACGGUAAUCACCGGAUUAAGGAAGUUCACCAACUACAGUUUGCAAGUAUUGGCGUUCACCAAAGUCGGUGACGGAGUGCUCACUGCCCCGUCGUAUUGCCAGACAGAGGAGGACGUGCCUGGCCCGCCGGCCGACAUCAAAGUGGUCGUCAGCUCGCCGCAGUCCCUCAAGGUGUCAUGGCUGCCACCCGCCGAGCCCAACGGCGUCGUCGCCAAGUACAACCUGUACCGCAGGAGCAUGGACGGCCGCACGGAGAUCGACAACGCCAGACAGACGGUGUCCGGCCAGCACACGGCGUUCGAGGUGAAGAGCGUGCAGUCGCACAUCGAGUACCAGUUCUGGGUGACGGCGUCGACCAGGAUGGGUGAGGGCCAGAAGUCCAAGGUGGUGUCGCAGGUGGCCACGCCCAGAGUUCCUUCCAGAAUAAUAUCAUUCGGAGGCCUAGUAGUAAGACCCUGGCGUAACUCGGUAUCCUUCAAUUGCGAAGCAGUCGGGUCCCCAAGGAGAGAAUGGCUAAGAGGCGACUUGAUACUGAAGGGAGGUGCUGCUCACAAUAUACAGUUACUAGACACAGGGGAAUUGAUUCUGUCCAACCUGCAGAUAUCAGAUGCUGGAAAUUAUACAUGUCACGUAGACAACGGCCAAGGCAGUGAUAGGAUAAUAUAUCAUCUAGUUGUUCAGGUUCCCCCCUCAGCUCCGCUGCUAUACGUCACGAGUGCGACUAGUAGCAGUGUACUUCUGCACUGGAAAUCUGGUAAUAACGGUGGUGCUUCUAUCAGCGGUUUCGUUCUGAACUACAAGAAAGAACACGGAGACAUCGAAGAGAUUCAUCUCAACCGACAUGCCACAAGCUAUGAAUUGAAGGGCCUCUCUUGUGGCACGUCUUACCACCUCUUCCUCACGGCCCACAACAAAAUAGGCAGCUCGCCGGCCAGCCAUCCUUUGCAGGCCCGGACUCAGGGCCAUCCGCCCGGGGUGCCGUCGACGUCUUCCUUCGUGGCUCCGAAUUCGACCUCGGUCGUGCUGCGGCUGCACGUGUGGCCCGACAACGGGUGCUCGAUCCUGUAUUUCAUAUUGCAGUAUAGGAAAGCCACCGAAUUGCAAUGGACGCUUGUAUCGAAUGUCCUGAAGCCUCAACGACGAACUUCUAUAACCGGACUGACUCCUGCUACUCAAUACGUCAUCAAAAUGGAGGCUCACAACGUAGCAGGGUUUUCCACUGAAGAGUUCGUCUUCAUGACGCUGACCAAAGAAGGAGAUGUCCCACCCCCAGAUUUGAUGAAACAAGGUAGCGACGAUCAACCCUUCUACUCUGACAUGAAAGUCGUGAUACCCCUGGUAGUUCUAGUGGUUGGAAUCGUGGUGUCGGUAGCUGGUGCUCUGAUUUGCAUGCGAAGACGUUAUGUUGCAGGACAAAACGAGGCGAACAAGGAGCAGUUGGACAACCAACAGAACGCAGAGGCCCAGAGGGAGCGCUAUUACGCCACGAUUCACAAGGUGGCGCUACAAGCUGGUGAGAAAAUACCAGAGACUUCAGAAGACAUAUCACCCUACGCGACAUUCCAAUUAUCGGAACCAAGUACAUUGCCCCAGAACACGAUGCUACACAGUUUUAUGUACCAUGAGCAUCCGAUGACAGAGGGAUGUGCUUCCCCUCCACCAGCUACCUCGUCUGUCCAACGAAAUUCACCAUAUUACAAUAUCCAAAAAUUUCAAAGUACAAAAGGCCACGGAAGGAGGCGAGUCAAUAGAAAGAACGAUGUAGAAAGCGAUGACAGUGAAUCGGAUCAAGACCAGCUGACAUCUAGUCGAACAGAGUCUUCCAACCAGCUUGAUAUGAAGCAUAAACACAAUUUUCUGUACCACGGCGCCCAAUCGAGCACUUCCUCGGACAUUUCGCCUAUGUCGGACCAGAAGUCUUUGCCGAGGAGAAACCGAAAUAGGUGGCUGGCGCAGGGCGGCCGCAGCAGCUCGCAGCGCCAGAUGCUGAGCCACCUCUCUGUGGCGGAGACGCCCUUCACGGACCGCCCGCCCUCGGAGCAGCCCGCCCAAGCCGGGAGCGGAGGCCCGCCGCCGCCCGAGCUGAGCGAGGCCGAGUGCGACAUCGACACGCUCAAGAAGCUCAAGCUCGGGCUCAGGUCGAGCCUGUGGUCGCGGCCGCAGGCUCAGGGUCAAGGGCAGGGCCAGGGGCAUCCGUCGGACUACUCGAUCGCCGUGUGAGCGCGGAGGUGGUUCGGAAAAAGGGGUUUUGGCGUGCGCUGGGCGGGUUGACUUUAUGCAUGGACUGGCUAGUUCUUAGGGUGAAGCCCACAUACAUAUAAAAAGAGGGGAGACAUAAUAUUUCAUUCUUACAACACUAUUUGUUCACAAUCAUACAUAAUUACAAAGUUUUAUACAAGUUAGAAAGAUUCAUUAUUCCAGAUUUUUUUGAGAUUUUCUCCUGGUUUCUAUAAAUAAAAAAUAUGAAUAUUAUUUCAAUAUACGUGUACUAAGGACAAAUCAGAUGAUUUGCCCCAAAAUGUCACUGCGUUUGAAGAAUUUUCCUAUCAGAGAGCCUAAAAGAAAAAAUCACUAGCUUGUCAGUGACAAUUUAUUUAA